GAGUUCCCAGAGGACACCCUAGUCCAGGAGGGAGAGGGGGUAGUGCUCAAGUCGAGGUAACUGGAGUACCCCACCCCAAACUGACGUGGUACCACACGAGUAGAGGUGGUGCCGGAUUACUCCAGGGAGCUGGCAGAGGACGGGACUCUCACACUGCCCUCUUGCGGAGACCAAACACGCGGAUGUACCAGCUGUGCCAGGAACAUAGAGCAGUGUCGAGAGAGAGAUGUGAACUGUCAGUAGAGCAGGAGGUGUGGCGGAGGGAAUCGCUGCUGAGGAGCGUCCUACGAGACUGUGGCUCUGCGUGGUCCGGUUCCCGUGGCUGUAUUCGGGAGUCACGUGGAACAGCGACACUCAAAGAACAACAAACCAUUCAAGAGGAAUAUGAGGGACUGCCCACUUACGCGGAUAAGCCCGUUACCGUAGCUACCACUCCUGACAAUAAACUCAAGAACCCGCUUCGCCCAACAUCUGUGUCUAUGAUGACAACCGCGUAGUGCUGAACCCACUGGCCAAAUAUGACUCUGACUAUGUCAAUGCCAGCUAUGUUGAUGGCUACAGUACCAAGGGCAAGUUCAUCGCCACUCAAGGUCCCCUACCAAAGACAGUGGUUGACUUCUGGAGGCUGGUCUGGCAGGAGAGGGCCCCCACCAUUGUCAUGAUAACGAACCUGGUGGAGGGGACCAAGAUAAAGUGCCAGCAGUACUGGCCCGAGGGCGGGGCCCAAGGAUUUGGACCGUUCCAGAUCACCGUCACUGACCAGCAGACACUGGCUGACUAUACAUUGCGACGUAUUCUGGUCCAGCUGAAGGGAAGUUCAGAGCGUCCACUGAACGUGAGUCAGUUCCACUUCACUGCCUGGCCGGACCAUGGAGUGCCCGACUAUGCCACGCCCAUCCUGACCUUCCACAGGAGAGUGAUGAAGGAACACAAAUCUGGACCUAUUGUCGUCCAUUGCAGGACAAGUCAGAGUAGAGACCAGUAUAUCUUCAUCCACGAUGCCAUCCUGGAGGCAGUCACGUGUGGAGACACUCAGGUGGAGUCUGGAGACCUGAGGAAGAUUCUGGGCCGGCUGCAGAGGCGAGACCAGUCAGGGAGAACUGAUAUGGAGAUACAGUUCUCUGUGUUGGAGCAAGUUAGUCCCAACCCUCAAGAUGCUAAGGUGUCCGUGGCUCUCAAACACCCAAAGAAAAACCGCUCCAAAAACUUCCUGCCUCUGGACAAGUGGAGGGUGCUGAUAAAGGGAGAGAGUCCAGAUUAUAUCAAUGCUAGUGUGGCUCAUGGCUACAAGCAGCAGAGAGCCUUCAUCAUAGCUCAGAAUCCAAUGCAGUCCACUGCCAGAGAUUUCUGGAAGAUUGUGUGCGACAGGAAGUGUGGAGUGUUGGUGAUGCUGUGUGACCUGGUGGAGACUGGGAAGGAGACAUGCUACCAGUACUGGCCUUCCAGUGGCUCCAUCACAGUUGGAGAGUUCACUGUGGACCUGAUCCAGGAAGAAAGGCUCUCUGGAUUCACUAUUAGGAACUUUGGAGUCUACGAUGAGAAGAGCAACAAGUCCCACCAGGUGACCCAGUUCCACAUCACCAACUGGGCACCAGAUGGGAACUGCUCCAACAUCAAGACCGUCACUGACGUGAUUGAGGAGGUCGGUAAGGUGCAGAGGAGGACCGGCAAUCACCCCAUCAUGGUCCACUGCAGUGAUACAGUGAGCAGGUCAGGGAUGUUCUGUGCCAUAGCCACCACCAUUGAGAGGUGUAAGACAGAGGGAGUGGUGGAUGUGUUCCAGGUGGUCAAGGCUCUCCGUGUACAGAAACCUGGAGCUGUAUGCACUGUGCUGCAGUACAGGAUAAUCUUUGAGGCUGUUUUGGAAUACCUCGACUCAUUUGCACUCUACUCAAACUUUUAACUGACUGAGAAAUUAUGUCUUUUGCAAACUUUGUCUCCUCUUACAUAUAUAGGUUAUACU